AUGGAUACCUUCAAUAAGGUCACACACGCCGCCUCCAAGGCCAUUUGGGGCGAGGAACAGUCUCAUGAAGAGCCCGUGUCAGGCAAGCUUGGCAAUGUAGCUGCCGGAGAGCCAUACGAUGCCGGUAACAUUGGUGAACCCAACGAAGCAGCCCUUGCAUCCUCCGGGAAGAAAGACACCGAGACCCCAAACGAGCCGACAACCGCAACCCGAACCACCGGCAGAACCGUCCCCGAGGCCAUGCCCAAGCCCGAGCCCGAGCCCGAAGCCGCCACCAAACCGCGCUUCGUCGAGGCCAAGGACACCCCCUCCCAAACCACAGAGGAAGCUAGCACCAGCCAGCCCGCCAACCCCUCCGGCCCCGCCGGCUCCACCCCCUCGGCCAUCGGCAUGCGCGACGACUCGACCAAAGCCCAGAACGACACGAGCCCUCCCCCCGAGGACCUCUCCGCAUCCACAGCCCGCACCCCCACCACCACUAAUACUAACACCACCACCACCACCACCGACACCCCCCCCAACAUCCCCGGCACCGCAGCCACUACCACCUCCACCUCCCAACCCCACGACGAAACACGCACCACAAAGGAACACCAACCCCAGCCCUCAGACCCAGCAGACGCUCCCCGCCACCUCCGCAGUCAAGCUCGACGGCCCGGGCCCGCGCCCCCUCGAGGAAAUCGCGCGCGAGCACGGCGGCGACGCAUGUGCCAGAGGAGGCGGGGCUGCGGACACAGUUGGGACUGUGCCACUCUCCAGUAUCAGCCGACCGCCGAACUCUCAGUUGUCCUUGGGAUCGCCGCCACGGACAACGGCAUGGGGAUGGGGGAGGAGUAUGUCAAGUCGAGUGGGCUCGCGGCGGAUGGGGGGGAUUUUGAUGCGUCGCGGCCGGGGGCGGGGAGGGAGGCUGAUCGUCUGUUAGAGGAGAAGGGCGUGCAUCCGCCUGCUACGACGCACCGUGGAACUGAUACUAGCAGUGGGAGUCAUGGCAGUCAUGGCCAUGGCGAGAACGGUGGCAAGGAAAAGCUUGGUCUGAAGGACAAGAUCAAGGCGAAGCUGCACAAGAGCAGCUCGUCGUCGUAA